AUGGUGGCGGGGUUUCUGCUGGAGAGCGAGGUGUCCGACCUCUGCAUCGGCAAGCCGCCGAUCAGGUGGCUGCCGCCCUCGUCCACCGUGGCCCGCGCCGUCGCCGAGCUCGAGGCCGACGGGGCGCCGGGCGCCGCCGUCGCCGUGUGGGACGGCCAGGCGGGGGCGGCCGUGGCGGGCAGGCUGCGCAUGGCCGACGUGCUCCUCUUCCUCUGCGCCGACGACGGCAGCGGCCAGGCCACGCUCGCCGACCUCCUCGCAGCAGCCGGGGCGCCGCCCGUCCGCCGCGUGGAGCCCGACGCGAGCGUGCUGGAAGCGGUUGACGCACUGCUGGGCGGCGCGCAGAGCCUCGUGGUGCCCAUCCGCGACAACCGGCACCGGCCGGCGCAGCUAGAAGCAGAGUCGAUGUGCUGGCUCACUGUGGAGGACGUGGUGCGCUUCUUCCUCGGCUCCGUCGCGCUCUUCUCGCACAUCGCCUUGCGCUCCGUCUCCGACCUCGGCGCCGUGCGGCCGGCCCUCGCCGUCGCUCCGGGCCACGACGCGCUCUUCGCCGUCGAGCCGCUCCUUCGCGCUGCCCUGGCGACGCACGCCUCCGUCGCCGUGGUGUCCGGACGCUGCCUGGUCGGCGAGAUCUCGCCGUUGACGAUCUGCUCCUCCCUCGACGCACCCAUCGCCGCGCUCUCGCCCAUGUCCUUGGUCGACUCUGCCCGCGCCCCGCGAGAAGCCGCCCUCGGGCCCCGCCUCCGCAGCCGCAACCUGCACGGCGUGCUGGACCUGCUCAACGCCGGCGGCCGCCACUUAUCGUGCCCGUCCUCUUCCUCUUCGUCCUCCUCGUCGAGCGCAUCCUCCUCCUCUUCGUCCGACGGCGAGGACGACGACGAGAAGAACGUCAUCUCGGCUUUCACGAGCACGGGUCGACAAGUCAAAUUCUCGGCGCGGUGGACGAAGGGGGUCAUCGCGUGCCGGCGGGGCAGCUCGCUGGUGGCGGUGAUGGCGCAGGCGGUCGCGCACCGCGUGACGCAGGUGUGGGUGCUGGACGACGAGCCGGAGGGAGAGGAGCUGGUGGGCGUCGUUGGUCUCGUGGACGUGCUCCGGGUGCUCCGCCGCCACCUCCUCCGCGCACCGCCCGCGCACACUAUGGCUGAGUAA